CAGUCAGAGAUUCUCACUGUGCCGAUCUUCAGCAACACGACGUUUGUCUGUGAUCGACUGUUUCCCACGCAGACAGAUAGUCAGAACCCGGGCGUUGCUGGCACAUGCCAGUACGGACCGGGACAGGUGGCUUUCGGCGUUGACAUACCUCUCAAUCAGUCUUACGAAGCUACGACGUUGUGGACUACGAUUACCCUGGUGGACCCUACUAGCCCAGCUCUGACACUCGCCUGCAUCGAAGUACCAGUGACUCCCUACAACGCGGAUCGGUGGUACUGGAGGGUGGUGCUAUGGAUCCCCAUUGCAUCAGCGAUCGCAUUCUUUGUGCUGGCCAGCAUCGCUGCACUCACUACAGCGGUCACCUCGAGGAUACGCGCAUUCAAACACCGGGCUAGGGAGGGGGGUGCGCCGACCUUUAUAAAAGAUAAGCUGUCUCCGACGCUGAUCUCUAGUCUCAGCGGCCAAGGCGCCGUGAUGAGCCCGGCACUGCUUCGAUUCGUCACACCAGGAUGCUGGGAUAUCAUCCAUCACCUUCAAUUCGUCGCGGGGGUCGCAAUGCUGGCACUCAGGUGGCCCGAUUUCGCGUACUUGUUCUUCAAACAAGCUGCUUGGUCGACCCUCGUUGGCAACGUAACACUUGUUCAGAAUUCGACCAUAGAUGCUCUGGAGACUGGUGCGCGCCUGCCAGCUGGCGAUGUCGGCACGCAGAUGGGUGUUCGAGAGUCACCACUGUAUCUCGACCCCGCAAUGCCCAAUCAGCUCCUCGACAUGGGCAAUGUGCAUACCGGGAUCGAGGCUUUCGCGCGAAUAGUCGGUCUUCGAGCGUCCGAGCUCUUUGGUACAUGCUUGGCCAUCUGGCUCAUCAUCGUGGCUGCACUCUGUGGCAUCAGCGUCGUAGCUUGGCUCACUGAUCUCAUUGGCGAGCUCUGGGCUAAGAGGCAAAACGACGACGGGCUCGUGGGCUUGCAACCUGCUUCGCGUAGGAGCAGCGAAGACGUCGGUAGGUCCGGCUCGCUGCAUGCGGAAGGCGAGCUGAAGGCAGGUCUCGUCGUUGACGAAGAUGGAAACAUGAGGGAGACUAAGCGCAGCGGCUACGCUUUCCUUGGAGUGCUUCCUGGAUUCCGGCCUGGCGGCCGCAUACACACCGGUCUCAGCUUCCAUCUCAAGGUACUCCACGGUAAUCUGGUUCGCGCCUUGGCACUCUUCCACUUUCCGAUUACCAUCUUUAGCGUGUACCAAUUCGCAAGAGCCAGCUCCCACUCGACCACGUCGGUCGCUCUAGCGGCGCUGGCUUUCGCCAUCCUAUCCAUCUUGGCGCCAAUCUACCUCAUUGUGCGCAUCGCACGGACUGAAACUUCCAAGCUCUACGAUGAUAUCGACACAUUGGUGGCUCUUGGACCUGUCUACAACACCUACUCACCUGGCUCCCAGCUCUUCUUCAUCGUCAGCUACGCGCACAGCCUCAUCUUGGGUAUAGUGAUCGGCGCGGCACAGCAGAGCGGAUCUGCGCAAGCGAUCUUGUUCGUCGUCCUAGAGCUGCUCGCUGGCCUUGCAGUUGGUCUCUGGCUCCCAUGGCCGGAAGGCGCAUGGAUGGGACCCGUAUCAUUCGCGACAAGCGUGAUUCGUAUCAUCACUGCAAUCCUCGCUGUCCUUCUGACGCCGGUGGUCAACUUUGGCCGCCAAGCGACUGGGUGGCUGACAUAUGUUGUGCUUCUGAUGCAGGGCAUCUUCUUCGCGAUGAUGCUGUUCGCGAUCGCGGCCAAGAUCCUCGAAGCCUUGAUCCGUCUCGUAUGGCGGGUGCCUUUCGACGAUCGCGUCUCACCACGAACAGCCGGCCUCGGCGGGGCCAUCAGGAGGAUACGCAGACGGAAGUACAAAACCUUGCACCCUGCCUCGGCCGGAGCCAUACCGCUCACCCAUUCUCGACAAGGCUCGUAUGCUAGCUACCUCGACAGCCGGCUGUUUGCCAAUGCAGCACAAGGUAGCCCUGCGGGUACCGCCUCGCGCCCCUCGCCGGGUGCUCGAUCUCCGGACUUGAUAGGCUCCGCGAAUCCUUACUCUGUCUACUACCGCACUGCGCCCGAUGACGACGAUCACAUUAUGGCUGCAUUGCCGCCGCAAUCGCCGGGAUGGUCUGCACCGACCAGUGCAGCGCUCACACCCAUCGGGGCCAUUGACGCGGCGAGGUCUGGUGGUACGCCGAUCAACAGUGACGCAGCAAGCUCCCCUGCACCUGCAGGCUUUGUACGUGUGGGAGGCGGGAAGGCGACCGAGGCUAAUCCUUAC